AUGUCCACGAAACAAUCUAAUCGAACUCAUUUGAAGUAUCCACAGCGAUAUGCUCAGAUAAGCAAAACCCGUUGUCGAAUUGAUGGUGGUGGUGCAAAAUUGGAGUUCGUUGAACUCGAUCGAAUGCUGUACAGUUGGUAUCGACAACGUCGAACAAAGAUCGAUUCAAAUACAAAUAUAGCUUCAGAUGUUAUACGUCGUGAAAAAGUGUCUUUCAAGCAACUUGAACGUAAAGGCAAACGAAUUAGUCAUCAGCUUCAACACAGAAUACCUUCUAGUAAAUGGUUUGCCCGUUUUUUAAAACGACGCAAUUUACCAUUACAAAGACCAAAACGUAAACAAAAGAUUCCUCUAUCCGAAGCUCAUAAAUUAGUGACGUCUUUUCAUUUGUACUUGCGUCGUGCAAGUAAAUGGGGUGUUAAACGAGGUCCAAUGGGUGCUUUUAAACCUCGUGAUGUCUUUAAUAUGGACGAAAGUCCACUAGCUUUGUUUGGUGAUCAAUCAAAAAGAAGUAUUAAUGAUAUUGGUACUCCAAACGACAUUGAUGGAAAUUUAGGCGACAAGAGAUUUGCUACUUUAAUUCUGACAGUUUUUGGAGAAGAUAAUUCACGAAUCGGACCGGUUCUACUAUUUAAAGGUAAAGGUCGUGUGUCAUCAUUCGAAAAAAGUCAGUAUGCACAAGGUGUUACAGUAUACUCUACACCAAAAGGAUUUAUAAAUGGAAUAACAAUUAAACGUUACUUGGAGUUUUGGCAUUCUAGGGUGAACGAUGGUUAUCCGAAAUUAUUAAUUACUGAUAGUUGCACAUCUCAUCUUGAACCUGAUAUUAUUAACGAUAUGAAAAAGAAAAGAGUAGUUGUAGCUGUCGUACCUGGUGGAUGUACAAUGUAUGUACAAGUAUUGGAUGUGGUAAUUUUCUCGAUCUUUAAAAGUAAUUAUGACAAUAUUGCUGAAGAUUAUAUUGAGAAGUAUGGUCCAAGAUCCAAUAUUAAACUCACAGCAUCACAAUCACGUAUUCUAUGUACCAAAUUCACAUGGUCUGCAUGGGAACGUACUCUAGCUAAUGUUGAUAUAGCGAAAGCUUUUGAGGAUGUUGGAUAUACAUGGACAGAUGAUGCACCUGUGUCACUUCGUUCAAUGCCAGGCUAUAUAUUUGAUCCAAAGUCGAACGAGCAUUUAUCAUUAAUUAAUGAUGAACAUAGUGAUGAUUAUAUCGACAAACUUGCUGAGAAAAUCUCACGAAAAGAACAAGCUACUUCAGUAAAACCAACUCAAAUGAAGAUUAGUUGCAUGUGGAACAAAAACUAG